CCGCUUGGUAGCUUUAGCAAGCAGCAGGCGCGUGUCCUGGCAGGGCUGCUUUUCCCUUCCCAGCUGGAGCGGCUCAUUCCGGACAAUAGCCAACUCGCUCCCGUUCGCUGACCCAGUCACUGAACUCCUGGCUCUAACCAGCCCCAUUCCCCAGCACACGGUGCAUGUCGGACGCCUGGAUUAUCCCCCAGCAGCGUCACCCCAGUGCCCAAGGUACAGCUCCUAGAUCAGCCUGACCUAGCGCUUUCUCUCUCCUUGCAGACAUUGACGAGUGCCAGCAAAACGCCACAAUCUGUGAGCCCCACGGGACCUGCAUCAACAUGCCAGGGAAUUACAUGUAGAUGCGGUUGGGGAUUUGGGAAGAGUCAAAAGGAUCCGUCUCAGAUCUGCACAGACAUCGACGAGUGCCGCAAGACCCCAGGUCUCUGCAGCCCCAAGGCCACGUGUAUCAACACCUACGGAAGCUACUGGUGUAAGUGCCGGGCCGGCUACGUCCCCUCCACCAGGAACUCAACCAUGUGCGAAGUCCCCAGCAUUAACUCCAGCGCUGAGUUCGAGGGAAUCAAAGAAACGUGCAGGAAUUUCUCUCUGCAGGGAAAGUGGAGCAGCAGAAGCAGCAGUUUUUGCUCUUUCUUUAAUUCGACAUUAGACAUUUUGAUGUCCACGUUCGGAGAUGGGAAUACGGAGUUAUCACUGGAGAACGUGACUCUCCGUUUCAGUGCCCUCCUGAACAGCACCUCCCUCUGGGAUGGCGGAGACAAGUGGGAGGUGGGGUCAGCCGUGACGGUCCUGCUGCAGAGCGUGGAACUGGCCACGCUGGCCACUGCGCUCCGGUCUCCAGAGAGGACAACACAGAAUGUGACGACAGAGUCUCUGGCUGUCCAGACACGGCUCGUCACAGGGAACUGCAGCCGGGACAGUGAGGUCUUCAUGCUGAGAGCUCACGAGGAGACGAUGGUCGUGCACUGUGAUACAGUCACCGGGGCAGCCACACAAGCAGGUUUGGGGGCUGCUGCUUUUAUUUCCUACUCCACCCUGGACUCCAUCAUCAGUGCGAGACGUCUCAGCGAGGGAAAUCUACCGGCUGGUGGGAAGCUGGAGAAGAGUCAUCUCAACUCCAGGGUGGUGAGUGGGGCCGUCGGAGACGGGAGACCCAUUCACCUCUCCAGACCCGCAAAUUUCACCCUGCGCCACAGACAGGCCAAAAAAGAGGAGGAAGAGGCUCUCUGCGUCUACUGGAAAGUAGAGGCUGAGAAGGGCAGCUGGUCUCCGGACGGCUGCACCGCCGUGCACACGAACAGCACUCACACCACCUGCAGCUGUGACCAUCUCUCCAGCUUCGCCGUCCUAAUGGCUCCCACCACAGUGACGGAGAGUUACCCACUGACCAUCAUCACCUACGUGGGACUGACCCUCUCCCUGCUGUGCCUCUUCCUCACCAUCCUCACCUUCCUCCUGUGCCGCUCCAUCCGCAACGUCAGCACCUCCCUCCACCUGCAGCUCUGCCUCUGCCUCUUCCUGGCCGACCUGCUCUUCCUCACCCCAGUGACACGCACCGGUAGUCAGUGUCCCUGGGCUCUCUGUCUCCCACACGUGGUGUGUGCUGUCAUUGCUGGCCUCCUACACUACCUCUUCCUGGCCUGCUUCAGCUGGAUGUUGCUGGAGGGGCUGCACCUCUUCCUCACCGUCAGGAACCUGAAGGUCGUGAAUUACACCAGCGCCAGCCGGUUCAAGAGGAGAUUCAUGUACCCGUUCGGCUACGGAUUCCCAGCCCUGGUGGUGGCGAUUUCUGCAGCGGUGAAUCCUGACGGCUACAGAACUUCCAAACACUGCUGGCUCAGCCUGGAGAGAGGCUUUCGUUGGAGCUUCCUGGGUCCAGUCUGUGCCAUAAUCCUGAUAAAUAUAACGUUUUUUGCCCUGACCCUGUGGAUCCUGAGAAACAGACUCUCCUCCCUCAAUGCAGAUGUGUCCACCCUCAGAGACCACAGGUUACUGACCUUUAAAGCCAUCGCCCAGCUCUUCAUUCUGGGCUGCACAUGGAGCCUUGGUCUCCUUCAAGUCGGCCCAGCAGCCACGGUCAUGGCGUAUUUAUUCACUAUUGUCAACAGCCUGCAGGGAGCCUUCAUCUUCCUGGUGCACUGUCUCCUCAAUCGCCAGGUGAGAGAGGAGUACAGGAGAUGGAUCAAGGAAUUCCGAACGUCCAGCACGAAAUCUCAGACAUCCGAUCUAUCCAUGUCUGCUGUCCCCACCACCAGCACCAAGACGGUAAGAGGUCCUCUGCUCUGUUCCAGUACCAGCCUGUGAAACAGUCAUUUCUA